UUUGUACACUCAUUCAUGCCAACCAUAAGUCACUCUUAUCCUUGAUCAGUCUCAAAAGAGGAUAUACCCUGCUCUUGCAUGCUCGAUUGGAAUACUCGGCUAGUCAUAAAUUCAGUACAGAUUAGAUCACUCGUUCGCUGGUGAAGCAUUUCCCGAUUAGGAAACUCGCCUGACUACAGCGCAGAUUGACAGUGAUCAGCUCCACAACUAAUAGAAUCUCCAUGUGACACUAUCGACCUGUGAGCUCGAUCUAUCACCGGUCCUUCUCUUGUCUAUUGUCUUUCAUGAGCAGGAGGGCAGUUUCUUUGAGUAUCUGUGGCAACAAUCUGCACUACUGGUGACCACUGCCAGUAUCAACACUCUAUUUGCCCGAUCUUCAACUAAACACCUCUCGUUGCUCGCGGAUAAAUGUCCAAUCUAUACUGUCCACUCCCCCCGCGGGACCAGGAUAUAUUUCGUUUCCGUCGCCCCUACGGAGUGAACUUAGGAUCAACCUUCACACAAGGCCCGUCCCUCAACCAAUCCACCGCACCAAAUGAGCUAGAAGCACUGACAAGCUCCAUCGAAACCAACAGACUCAAAGCCACCGCCUCAACAUGGCAAUCCCACUGGCUUUCCGCCCUGCCAAACGACGAGCUGCUCCGGCUCAGAGACACCUGCCACUGCAACACGAUCCAACUGGCCCUGGGAUUCCUGACCCUCGGCCCUCUCUUCAGCCAAGGAACCCCCUUCGAGGGCGCCCCAGCCCAGGUCUACACACGCUGCUGGUCCGCCAUCAAGCAUCUCAUUGAGCGAUGCCACGCCUACGGCAUCGGGAUCCUCCUCAACUUCAACCUCACCGCCAACGAGGUGGAUCUCCGCUCCAGCCCCGAGCGCCUCGCACUCGCCCGCGACUGUAUCGCCUUCAUAGCCCAGGAGGUAACCUUCCACGCCCUGCACGGGGUGGUCGGUCUACGGGUCUCCACCUCCACGGAGCAGUCGAGGCCGGAUCCCCCGACUCUCCGCGACUGGUACAAGGAGAUCAGGAUGAUCGUCAGCGCCAUCGACGAGUUUCUGCCCCUGUACAUCAGCGAUGAGAGCCCCGCGGGGACCGAAAUCUUCCCUGACAGCGAGACGCCGCUCCACCACCACCACCACCAAUUAGUCCAGGCGGACUGCGGACAGCCGGAACCGGCAGGAACGACGACUUUACCCCCGGCCCCCGGCCAUCUGCUACUCUCGCGGGACGAAGUCCAGACGAGGGCCCAGCAAGCCCGGAUCGAGCGGCCGCAGUUACUGAGGGAGGCCUUGGCGCGCCUGGAGGGAAAGGAGGAGGUAGGGGAGAAGCGGGAGAGGGCAAAGGAGAAAUACUGCCACAGUGCGGCGGGACGGCAGAGUUUUGUCCACGGCUGGGAUCUGGGGUACAGCGAUGCGCUGCGGUUUUUCGAUGCCGCGGUGGAAGGCUUGGUGCCGCAGCGCGCGGGGGCGGACAAGAUCGGGGAGCUGGAGUUGUGGGUUCGUCGACGGGCAAGCGAUGUUGCACGGCUGGAAGAGAACCACCAGGCCUGGGAGCUGGGGCUUCGACGAGGGAUUGCCGAUUUCAAUCGGUUCGUGGGCAUUUGA